AUGACUCUGUCGAAGUCGGAGUAUGUCAGUGACACCUGGAAGGACGGCAUCUUUAAUAAGAAGGUCGUCUUCUGCACGGGCGGCGCAGGCACCAUCUGCAGCGCUCAGGUUCGCGCGUUGGUUCAUCUAGGCGCGGAUGCGUGCAUCGUCGGUAGAAAUGUCGAGAAGACCGAGCGAGCAGCCAAGGACAUUGCCGCAGUGAGACCGGGUGCAAAGGUCAUUGGAAUCGGAGCUGUUGACGUACGCAAGUUCGAGAGUCUGAAAGAUGCAGUUGAUCGCUGCGUUAAAGAGCUUGGGAGGAUUGACUACGUGAUUGCUGGUGCGGCAGGCAAUUUUCUUGCUUCGAUCAACCAGCUCUCUGUCAAUGCUUUCAAGGCCGUGAUGGACAUUGACGUCCUUGGCUCCUACAACACUCUGAAGGCUACUCUCCCACAUCUUGUUGAGUCUGCAGGAAAGCACAGAGUGGAUUCUAAGACCCUGAAACCGAGUCCGCAAGGCACCGGCGGCAGAAUCAUCUUCGUCAGUGCUACUCUUCAUUACACCGGGCUUCCAUUCCAGACACACGUGUCUGUCGCAAAAGCUGGCGUUGAUGCUCUAUCGAACAAUACGGCUAUCGAGUUCGGUCCUCUGGGCGUCACGUCGAAUAUCAUCGCGCCCGGCCCUAUCGCCAACACCGAGGGCGCAUCCCGCUUGAUCCCCGAGCAGGACCUGGAACAGAUCACCAGAUCACAGCCUCUUGGUAGAUUCGGUUCCGUCAGAGACAUCGCCGACGCAACCGUCUAUCUAUUCUCAGACGCCGGCAGCUAUGUUAGCGGACAGACUCUUGUUGUGGACGGCGCUGCAUGGCGCAUUGCCUCCAGCACCAUAGGAUCCGGUAUGAAGUAUCCGGACUUCCUUCUUUCUGGAACAGAAGUAUCUGGCGUUACGGGAAAGAAGAAGUCGAAAUUGUAA